UAUUGGUAGCACUGCUACACUAUUAACACGUAAACAUGGCGAUCACCGCAAUCGUUCUUGUUUAGAGAGAAACAAGAUCGUUUUUUGUAUUUUAACACUUAACUUUUCACUUUAAACUACCAAAAAACAGAACAACAUGGGUAAUGCCGAUACAAAAUUAAUCUUUCGAAGAGCAGUCGUUCAAUUGACGUCGAAAACACAGGUGAUUGAUGCUUCAGAUGACACAUUCUGGGACCAAUUUUGGUCUGAAAACGUUACUAAUGUGCAAGACAUAUUUACUCUAGUCCCUGCACAAGAAAUUCGUAUAUUAAGAGAAGAAGCACCUUCCAAUUUAGCUACAUUAUGUUAUAAAGCUGUGGAAAAACUAGUGAAAGCAGUUGAUAAUAGCUGUAGAACACAGAGAGAACAACAAACAGUUUUAAAUUGUUGCCGCUUAUUGACAAGACUGUUACCUUACAUUUUUGAAGAUCCUGAUUGGAAGGGAUUCUUUUGGUCCAGUUUACCUGGUAAAGAAGAUGAAGAAAGUAUCCCCUUGGCCCAUUCUCUACUCAAUGCACUUUGUGAUUUGUUGUUCUGCCCUGAUUUUACAGUAGCUGCAAAUAGAAAAUCUGGUCCUGAUAAGGCAGAAGAAUUACAGUCUAUAGAUAGCUGUGAAUAUAUUUGGGAAGCUGGUGUAGGAUUUGCGCAUUCACCUCCUAGAUACCCAAUUCUAGAUUCAAAUAGAACAGAAUUAUUGAAGCUGUUACUUACAUGCUUCAGUGAAACCAUGUACAACCCUCCAAUGGAUCUUUCAGUUACACCAAAUAGAUGGAUCCAAUAUUUAACCAGUUCUGAAAAUAGACAUGCUUUGCCUAUGUUCACAUCAUUGUUGAAUACAGUAUGUGCGUAUGAUCCUGUCGGGCUUGGAGUACCAUACAAUCAUUUAUUAUUUACUGACUCCUUGGAACCACUAGUUGAUGUUUCGUUACAAAUUCUCAUAGUAACAUUGGAUCAUGAUACCAGUGGUGGUACUCCGUUAGAAGAAGGAGUUGUUGGAGAUAAUUUAUUUAUUAAUUAUCUUAGUCGUAUCCAUCGAGAUGAAGAUUUUCAGUUUGUAUUGAAAGGUAUCACUAGAUUAUUGAAUAAUCCAUUGAUGCAAACGUACUUACCAAACUCAACGAAAAAAGUACACUUUCACCAAGAGUUAUUGGUGUUCUUUUGGAAAAUGUGUGAUUACAAUAAGAAAUUCUUAUAUUAUGUAUUAAAAAGUUCCGACGUUCUCGAGGUGUUGGUACCCAUACUGUAUCAUCUGAAUGACUCACGAGCAGAUCAGUCGCGAGUUGGAUUAAUGCACAUAGGAGUAUUUAUUCUACUUUUAUUAAGUGGAGAACGGAAUUUUGGCGUUAGACUGAAUAAACCGUACACAGCUACAGUACCUAUGGACAUUCCUGUUUUUACAGGUACACAUGCUGAUUUAUUAAUUACCGUUUUCCACAAGAUAAUUACAACUGGACACCAAAGACUACAGCCGCUAUUUGACUGUUUACUAACGAUUCUAGUCAACGUUUCUCCAUAUCUUAAAACAUUAUCAAUGGUGGCUAGUACUAAAUUAUUGCAUUUACUCGAAGCAUUUAGUACACCAUGGUUUUUAUUCUCGGCCCCUACGAACCAUCAUUUAGUAUUCUUUCUUCUUGAAAUUUUUAACAAUAUUAUUCAGUAUCAAUUUGAUGGAAACAGUAAUCUGGUUUAUACUAUUAUACGUAAACGACAAGUGUUCCAUGCAUUAGCAAAUUUACCAAGUGACUGCAAUACAAUUGCAAAAUCCCUGAGUAAACGACAACGUCGUCACGUACCUGCUAGUACAUCUAAUGAAAAUGUUAGCGAAGCUGCAAUGGAAGGUUCGCAUCCUGCACAGCCAGCUGAACCUGGAACUUUAAAAGCAUCCCUAUUAGAGACUCCAGGUAUUGAGAAAAUGACUGAGAAAGAAUCUGCGCAUCCAUUAAGUCCUUCAGUGAAUGUGGAUGUAGGAAAAUCUAAUCACCAAAAUAAUGGGACUGGUACAGAAGAAUUAAUGAACUCUGCUAAAAGCUCUGUUAUACCUAAAGGAGGUAUCAGAGUUGCGGAACACACAAAUUCUUCUAACAAUAUAAAUCAGUGGGUUCCUUCUAGUGAGUGGGUGUAUCAGUGGAAGAGUAAACUUCCGUUACAAACUAUUAUGCGUUUACUUCAAGUUCUCGUACCUCAAGUUGAAAAAAUAUGUAUCGAUAAGGGUCUGACAGAUGAAAGUGAAAUAUUGAAAUUUUUACAACACGGUACAUUAGUUGGUUUACUACCCGUACCACAUCCUAUUCUUAUCAGGAGAUAUCAACCCAAUGCAGGAACAACUGCUUGGUUUAGAACGUACAUGUGGGGUGUUAUAUACUUGAGGAACGUCGAACCCCCAAUUUGGUAUGAUACUGACGUAAAGUUAUUUGAAAUCCAAAGAGUUUAAACACAGUGAAAUAUUAUUAGUAACUUGCACUGAAAUUUCUAUACUAUUCUGAUAUAAAAUAUUAUAUUCAUAAUAUUAAAAAACAAAUGUUAGUAAUAUAUAAUUAUCAUAAGUUAUUUUAAGAAGAUGGUAAAAAAGAACAAUAGUAGAGAAUGACCUAUUUUGAAACUUUUCUUUUCCGUCCAGUUCCAAAAUUGGCAACUUUCUAUUAGAGUUUCUAGAACAUUUUCAUUACAGUCGUAAAAUCGUAAUUCUUUUUUUAUUUACUUCGCUUUUUAAAUGUAGUUUACAAUAUUUGUAUGUAAAGUGAAAUAUGCAUGACAUCUAACUGUAAUUCUUUUUAAAAAAAUUAAUUUAAUAUUAAUUUAUUAACUUCUUUGAAAGUUUCCCUCAUGGUUUAAAUUUGUACAAAAUAAAUAAAUAUAGUGAUCUAGGGAAUGUAACAUUCUUUAAAAUUGAUGAUGCAAUUAUAUAAUUUUGAUUGUUAGUUUAUGAGAAAGCGUGUCGUUUCAAUGUGUACGAUUAUUUUCGUAAUAAAGUAAUGUGUACUUAUUCAUGCUGUGCAUACAGAACAAGCGCCUAUGUUUAAUUAAACAAUUGUAAUAUUGCCUAGAGGUUUGUAAUAAA